AUGGCGAUAUCGGCGAGUAGCGACGCGUCAGCGAGAGCCAGUGCCGACCUUCUUGUUUUGAAGAGGAUAAAUACUCUCGACGAGGAGGUGGCGACCACCAACGCAAACUUACCGUCCCUGAAGAGAAAUUGCAACUCACUAGCACCCCGGAUCCGAAAACUCAAUAUGUCCGCGUCCACAGAAAUCGUGCGAAGCGUCAUCCAGCAGUUCGCCAACGCUGUUUCUGCGCGCAACUUCACCGCCCUCGCAAACCUAGGCGCUCCAGAAGCCAGCUACUUCGUUGCCGGCCUUCAGAAGAAGAUACCCCUUGCUGGCGACGCUCCUUACACCGAGCGGGUCGAGCAAAUGCAACCUAUCUUAGGUGGAAUGGAUACAUUUACCUUUAAGGUUCUGGGCAUAACCGUGGAAGGCGACACUGGAGUUUUGGAGGGAGAGCCGAUCGGCGAGGGUCCUGACGGAAAGUCGUACCGGAAUAAUGGCCUCAUCAAAAUGGUGGUGAAGGACGGAAGGAUUCAAAGUGUUCGGGAAUACAUCGACUUCGUCGCCCUAUACCAGUAUCUCGGGCUCGAGUUGUAG